AAGAAGUGACUCCAGGUUCGAAAGAGCAUAUAGAUGCAUGAAGCGAUCUUGCGUGUUCUGUACUGACUAGUAUGAACAGUUCAGGAUAGAAUUUAAUACCUACAGGCGGAAAUGGUGGUUUUAUCCUUCUAUUCUUGCGAAAGAAGGCUUCCCGCCUGGCCUGGUUGAUGAAAUCCCAAUGGUUGACGGCCUUAUCGAGCGCACGGAAAUGAUCAGUGGUCAUGUCUUCAAGAACAAGCUGCUAUGUGCAGAAGCCUUGCAGAUAAAGCCACCCGAUUGCCUCUUUCGCGUCGCGGGUGCUGUCCAUCGCGUCGAUAAGAACCAGGCUCUCUCGUUAGUCGGAGACGCUGCCAUGUACGCAGUAUUGGCCAAGAUGUUUUACCAGGCGCGUGACUACCGCGGCAAGCGUCACACCCUUUUGUCUUGGAAUAAUAUGAAGCCUGAUUUGGUCAGCAAUAUGAAACUCGCUGAUCGUGGCUUCAGCCUCGGGCUGGAUCGAGUCAUAAUCAGCAGCCACGCAGGAUCGGCCAGGGAGUCUCCAAACACGGUGGCAGAUGUCUUCGAGGCCAUUAUUGGAGCCAUCUACAUGGACGCCGAAAAUAAUUCAAGUGAGGCUGUUACCCACGCACUUCAGCACAUGGGGUUCUUCGACCACCCCUUAUUCGCCGGAACAUCCGUUGUCCAGCCCAUACUACCAUCCUUGCCUGAUUCUUCUCGAUAUUUGUUUCGUAAGAUUGGCAACACUGUGCCAGAGAAGACGAGCAAGCCCAGAGGCUCUCUGGAUAGUUCCAAGGAUAAGGAUAAUCUUGAAUCCUCCCGUAGGGAAGUUUUAGAAAGUACACUGAAAAGACCAGAUAAUAUAUAUGAUCAAAGCGAAGGGUCAAGGAAAGCUAUUCGAGAUGAGCUACAUGGAGGAAGCCAGCCACAACAGACUCAGCAAACACUACAAAGUCGUUCAAGCCAUGAGGAUGUGCGCAGGGAGACGUACCGCGAUGCCGGCAUUGGGAACAUCGUCACAGUCACAACGACCACGACCACGACCACGACAACAACCACUACAACCCGCCCAGGCGGUACUACCACCGUAGAGCAGCCUCCGCAAGAAGGUACUCGAAAGCUCCAUUGAGAGCUAAUCGAAUCACUCGCUUUCAUCUUCCAUUACCAUCUAGAACCCGGAUGUCUUUAAUAUACAUUGAAAGCGCCACCUGUUUCGACGAGAGUUCAAAAGAGCUCUAGGGCCACUUCUUGCGAACC